ACACAGCCCUGAACAUUCCCUUUGCACUUGUUCAGCUCUGGUGUGAGCGCUUUGGUCUGUCCUGCAAACACCACCUGGAGCAGGGGGAGAACAAGGAGGAAUACUCAAUUCCCUAGUGAUCAGAACCAGCUGUGCUGUCAGCACAGCUGGCAACAAUAAGGUGCCUCACUGCAUCCCACCCUGCCUUGCCUGUCUGGCAAGGAGAGCAGAGGUGAGGUGGUGGUCUUUCUGCAGCUCUCCUGAAUUGGGGAUUGAAGGAUCCCAGGAAGGAAAAGGUGAAGCUGGGGAUGUACACUGGGAGAGUCUGCGGUUGCGCUCCCGUGUGCCGGCUCAUCCCCUCAUCCAGCUGUUGCCAUCUGGUGGCCACGGAGCCGAGCGGCCGGGCUUCCAGCGGGGAAUGUGUGCCACGACGGUAACCAGGGCAAUCUGGGAGCAAACGCCUGGCAAACUCACAGCAUUAGGUAUUCUGCUCGCCCUCACCGUGUCUGUGCGGUAUCACUCUGCCAAAGAGACUUACCUGCAGGAGUAUUUGUUCACGGCUGACUUCCUCCGGGCAGGAGCCCUUGCAGCGCUUGUUCCUCGUACAUGGAUGGAAGGAGCAAUGCCCUAAAUACAGCAAGCAGUACAGAAGCCAAUUUGCAUUGUGGAUGUUCUUGUCACUUCUUCCUGGGCCUCUUCCAAGUCUUUUGAAACCAGAUGACCUGAACUGCAAAGAACAUUCACAGAUUUAUAGUGGUAAAGGUGUUCCAGCUAUUGUCUUGAAGGGGUUUUCUCCUUCCAGAGUGUGUGGGACCGGGGCUUUGCAUAUACAUCAGCAUGAGCGAGCAUGUGUUCCAAGAGCAGCGUGCCCUACUGCUGGGCUGGGCCUGUGCUAUGAAGAUGAGACUCGCCUGGUGGAGGACUUGUUCAGUAACUACAACAAGGUGGUGCGCCCUGUGGAGGACCAUCGGGAUGCCGUCGUCGUCACCGUGGGGCUGCAGCUCAUCCAGCUUAUUAGCGUGGAUGAAGUAAAUCAGAUUGUGACAACCAAUGUACGCCUGAAACAGCAAUGGACAGAUGUCAACCUCCGAUGGAAUCCAGAUGACUACGGUGGCGUAAAAAAAAUCCGCAUCCCCUCAGAUGAUAUCUGGCGUCCAGAUCUCGUUCUUUACAACAAUGCAGAUGGUGAUUUUGCCAUUGUCAAAUACACCAAAGUCCUUCUGGAGCACACAGGUCGGAUCACCUGGACACCACCAGCUAUUUUUAAGAGUUACUGUGAAAUUAUAGUCACACACUUCCCAUUUGACCAGCAGAACUGCAGCAUGAAGUUGGGAACUUGGACAUAUGAUGGUACAGUGGUUGUUAUUAACCCGGAGAGUGAUCGUCCAGAUCUGAGUAACUUCAUGGAGAGUGGGGAGUGGGUGAUGAAGGAUUACCGUGGCUGGAAGCAUUGGGUUUACUACGCUUGCUGCCCUGACACCCCUUACCUGGACAUCACCUACCACUUCCUCAUGCAGCGCUUGCCUCUCUACUUCAUCGUGAACGUCAUCAUCCCCUGCCUGCUCUUCUCCUUUUUAACAGGGUUAGUUUUUUACUUACCCACAGAUUCAGGUGAGAAAAUGACUCUCAGCAUCUCAGUCCUGCUGUCUUUGACUGUGUUCCUGCUGGUCAUCGUGGAGCUGAUUCCCUCCACGUCCAGCGCAGUGCCUCUGAUCGGCAAGUACAUGCUGUUUACCAUGGUGUUUGUCAUCGCCUCGAUCAUCAUCACCGUCAUCGUCAUCAACACCCACCACCGCUCCCCCAGCACGCACACCAUGCCCCACUGGGUCAGGAAGAUCUUUAUUGACACCAUCCCAAACGUCAUGUUUUUCUCUACAAUGAAACGACCAUCAAGAGACAAACAAGACAAAAAUAUUUUUGCAGAAGAUAUUGAUAUUUCUGACAUUUCUGGGAAGUCAGGUUCUGUGCCUGUCAACUUCUACUCCCCGCUUACCAAAAAUCCAGAUGUGAAAAACGCUAUAGAGGGAAUCAAAUACAUUGCAGAAACUAUGAAAUCGGACCAAGAAGCCAGUAAUGCUGCAGAAGAAUGGAAGUUUGUUGCAAUGGUGCUUGAUCAUCUCCUCCUUGGCAUAUUUAUGCUAGUUUGUUUUAUAGGAACAUUAGCUGUAUUUGCUGGUCGCCUUAUUGAAUUAAAUCAGCAAGGAUGAACGUCAGCUGGAAACUAUUUGCUACCCUGAACAUCUGAAAGCAUCAUAACCAUCAAAAUCUGGCCAGCCUCUGAAAGGUUCACUGACAGGAAUCAGUGGGAAAGAACAGGGAUAAUAAAAUGUAAGGCUUCUGAGCUGCUGCUCGGUAGCAUUUCAUUGCCAAAAAGAAACACUUGCAUUACUGGUAAACUUGAAUGGCUGUCAGCCAGGUUUUGAUCCAUUUUACCCUCUAUUAAAAAUGUUAACGUAUUAAUAAGUCUGUCUGACUUCGUAAGCAACAGAUACUAUUCCGGUGAAGUCAAUAGCAGUGUAAUAAGCUUUAGCUGAGCUGUAAAUCUGUAUCCAACUUUAAAAUUCAAGCUGGUUUUAAUAUCUGCUCUGUGGCUUUUGUAUUAGCAGGGUCACUCCCCUGAUAACACUAGAUAUAACCAUCAGAAAUAUUACAAAC